ACUUUUCCAGAUGGAUGUUAAAAAUGCUUUUCUUCAUGGUGAUUUAACAGAAGAGGUUUAUAUGCAUCCUCCUCCUGGUUAUCAUUCUCCUCAUAAGGUUUGCAAACUUCGGCGAGCCUUAUAUAGAUUAAAACAAGCUCCCAGGGCCUGGUUUGCCAAAUUUAGUUUCACUCUUGCUCAAAUUGGUUUUCUCUCUAGUCCAUAUGAUUCUGCAUUAUUCACUCGCCGGACUGACAGUGGUAUUGUUCUUCUGUUGCUUUAUGUUGAUGAUAUGAUAAUAACAGGAGAUGAUUCAUUUCGUAUUUCAGAGUUACAUUAUUAUCUCAAUCAGCAUUUUGAAAUGAAAGACCUAGUUUCUCUCAGCUGUUUUUUGGGUCUUGAAGUUUCUCAAAAUUCUGAUGGCUAUUAUCUAUCUCAAGCCAAGUAUGCAUCCGACUUACUUUCUCGAGCAGGCAUCACUGAUAGCAAAACAGUAUCAACCCCAUUGGAGCUCAAUUGCAAACUUACACCUCUUGAUGGCACUCCUCUUGAUGAUCCUACUUUAUAUCGACAGCUUGUCGGGAGUCUUGUUUAUCUCAUAGUUACUCGACUUGAUAUUUCAAAUGCUAUUCAUCUGGUUUGCCAGUUUAUGUCUGCUCCUCGCUCAACUAUAUUCUCUGUAGUACUUUUAAUUCAUCGUUAUAUCAAAGGUACUCUUUUUCAUGGUUUGCACUUUUCCGCUACCUCCUCCCUAGUAUUAUCUGGCUACUCUGAUGCUGAUUGGGCUGGUGAUCUGACAGAUCGUCGCUCUACAACUGGUUAUUGUUUCUUCUUGGGUAAUUCUCUUAUCUCUUGGCGUAGCAAAAAGCAAACUGUUGUUGCACGUUCUAGCACAGAAUCUGAAUAUCGUGCUCUUGCUGAUGCUACAUCUGAAUUACUUUGGUUACGGUGGUUAUUAACUGAUUUGGGUAUCACUCAUUCUUCUGCCACGAUGCUUCAUUGCGAUAAUAGAAGUGUCAUACAGAUUUCUCAUAAUGAUGUAUUUCAUGAGCGUACUAAAUUAAAACAUUGA